AUGGAUAUAAAGACCUUGCUGGACAAUCUUCAUGAUGAAGUAUCCUGUUCUGUGUGUAUGUGUACAUUCACUGAUCCAAAGCAGUUGCCUUGUUUGCACAGUUUCUGUCUUCACUGCCUCAAAGGAAUUCAACGAAAGAGCGGCCUCCAUGGCAAAAUUACAUGCCCCGAGUGUAAAAGACAGUUUGAGAUCCCUGGAAGUGGAAAUCCCAGCGAACUUCCCACCAAUGUUCGUAUCAACAUUUUGCUAGAUGUCUCGUCAAUUAAAGAGUGCAGUACAGCUAACGUGAAAUGCGGAAAUUGCGACAAGCGGAGUGCCCAGACAUUAUAUUGCUUCCAGUGUUGUUCUUUCUGGUGCAAGCAAUGUAUUUUAGGACAUAACAUAAUACGCACUAAUAAAGAACACAAAACGCUGCUACUGAAGGAUUUUCAAGAUCAAGACUUCGAGGCUGUGUUAAAGCGACCAGCAAUUUGUCAGAAGAAACAUCAUGAAAAAGAAGAACUGAAGUUCUUUUGCAGGGGCUGUAAAGUCGCCAUUUGCAACACUUGCGCUGUAACGCUUCAUGAAGGUCAUGGUAAGAUGCCCUUGCAAGAAGCUGCAGAUGCGUGCAAGAUACAGAUCAACUCCAUGAUUUACGGGGGGUGACAGCUCUAACAAGGGCUGUUUCGGGAGAGAAACAAAUACAUUCCGGGAAUCUGGAGAUUUUGCCGGGAAUCGGGAAACCUGGGAAAUUUUGCGGGAAAUAUGAGAUAUUUUCGGGACAUUGAGCAAAGAUUUGAUAUUACAUGUUAUCAAACAAUAUAUGUACAGUGAUAUGCACCCAGUGUAUGCGCUUGAAAACGGCUGAACUCCCCAUGAUAUGAAAAGACCAAUCAGCAACGUUUCCAACUAAAAUAGCAUGAAGUUCGAGUGGGAUUGACCUCGUGCAAUCCCCAGCGGAUUGACACAAUAACCGUACCGGUGCAAGGCACAUACUAUCAGUUCACACCAGAUCCCAUCAUUCAGUAGUUCAGGGGUAUUUUUACGCUGCACGUUAACGAGUUUUAAGAGCACAUUCCACUGAUUGCAUACUGGAAAACUUGAAAGAAGUACGUAAGGAGUAUGUAAGAAAAAAACGAAACUCAUUUAACCUUGUUAAACACAAAUGAGGCCAUAAAAAGUUGUAUGUCUGUGAAGACUCUUUAAUCAUCCUGAUCUCGUCGGGGUCCUUCCGAUUUUGCUCGAAAAUCCCGAAUCCCGAUCAAUAUGCGUUCGGGAUAGGAAAAUUUCAGAUUUCGACAGUUGUUCUGAAAUUUUCAAAUGAAAGGACAAUUGACUUCGAGAACAUUUUGGACAGAAUUUGUCCUCUCAGAACACUAGAAUGGCGUUUCAGAGGGACCAAGAUUUCAAAAUUUUCUGGGGGAGCAUGCCCCCAGACCCCCCUAGAGGGAUUGCCCCCUUCACUGCUCGCCUGAUUCAUCGGUGAUUAAAAAACAAAAAAACACGAUUUUAUAUACUUAAAAAGUUUGACAGCCUUUCUGUGUUAACAUGAUACCCUCUAACGAAAAAUAACUACGUUUAGAUAAUUAACAAGUUACAUAAUUAACAAGAAACUGCUAAUCAAAAUUUUAAUUUUAAUUGUUAAAACAAUUUUGGGAAGUUAAACAUUUAUGGGGAAUGCCACCGAAAAAUUCGGGAGGGUCGACGAAAUUUCCGGGAGGACAUAAAGUUAUUCGUAGGACUGCCCAAACAGCCUUUGUUAGAGUUGUCACCCCCCGUAUGAUUUCUUCCUUGAAAGAUAAAAUGGUGGAAAAGAGAAAGGAAGUCGAACAACUCAACCAAAAGAGCAUGGAAGUUCAAGCGCAAGUAGCAGACGUAAAAAGCCAAGUGCAAACGAAUGUAGACCAAAUGAUUGCAAUCAUUGAAGCGAGGAAACAGGAUGUUUUUAACGCGGUCGAAUAUCAAGCGAAAAAAUCACUUCAAUCACUUUCACAGAAAAAAGGCGAAGUUGAAAAUCAAAGAAAAUAAUUGAAUCAGCAAUUGCACGAACUGAAUCUCUGAUGAAACGAAACUUUAGUACAGAAAUUCUUGGAUUCAAUGAAACAUUUGAUAAAAUCCUACAGGAACAGGGAAGCCAAGGAAACCGUGACACUGAAUUUAUUCCUAGGUUUAGUUUCACUAAAAGUGAAAAACUGAUUAACGUGUUGAACAGUGAAGGUAUAGGUAGUGUAAAAAUUGUUUUUAACGAAUCUAAAGCGCAAAAAUCAGGGGUUAAACGCACGGCAAGCAGUGAGGCAAUUGCUGGGAAUAAAAGGCCAAAUGUUCGUGACAGUCCUCUUGAGGCUCAGGUACAGACCAAGCGUUACAUUCCUGUGCUAUCAUUUGGACUAGAAGGUAAGUGUGUUGGAAUGCUUAAAGCGCCCUGGGGGGUGGCAGUGAAUGACCAUGAUGAAAUUGCUGUGGCUGAACUCCUCAACCACAGGGUUUCAGUGUUUAGUAGUGACGGUACCCACUUAAGAUCGUUUGGUAGCGAGGGUCAGAAUGAUGGUGAGUUUAAUCAACCUUCAGGGAUCGCUUUUGACAGUCUUGGUAACAUUGUAGUGACAGACUGUAAAAACCACAGGGUGCAAGUCUUUGAUAGAAAUGGAAAGUUUCUCCAUAGGUUUGGUGAGUGUGGAAGUCUUGAUCACCAGCUUUUAAACCCUGCAGGUUUAUCAAUAAACGGUAACUGUGAUAUUAUUGUUACUGAUCUCCAUAACCAAUUAAUCAAGAUAUACUCUUCUAGUGGGGAGUAUUUAUGUAAAUUUGGUGGAGCAGCUUCUUUGGUCGAACCCUAUCACUGUAUCCAACACGGUCAAUAUUUUAUAGUCUCAGACUAUGGUGACGAUUCCGUUAAAAUGUUUGAUCUUGAAGGAAAGUUUAUUUCUAAAUUUGGAAAACGUGGGGAGAGGGAUGGACAGUUCAAUAGACCCCGUUAUUUGUCAGUUGACAAAGAAGGAUUGCUAAUGGUCUGUGAUUCAUACAAUCACAGAGUUCAGGUAUUUGAACUGAGUGGAAAGUUUGUUACAAAGUUUAGAAGUGAAGGUAGCGAGAGGGGAGCGUUAAAGUAUCCAGUUUCUACAGCAAGUCUUAGUGAUGGGAGGAUAGUUGUGAGUGAUAAGGAUAACCAUCGAAUCCAGAUAUUUGACCAAAUAUGAUAUGAUUUUAUCCUUAGAAAUGCAGCUACUUAAAAUUGUGAUAUACUACUAAUCGAUCUACAAUUACUCAUGUGUUCGGAAGAAAAACAUUUUGGACGUAGUUUAGUUUCUUAAGGAAACACUACUUUUCAGCUAUGAUAUAUUUUUAGUUUUUCUUCAGAAAAUAACAUCCUAUUUAAGAACCCAAAUAGCCUAAAUUUGUGCUAAUUACCAUUUGUGUAACAACCUGUUGUUGGGCCAGAAAAUGCAGGUUCUUCGGGUAGGUGUUUACUGUAGGAGAAUCUCUUGUUGUUGCUGUUUUCCAUUAGCUGACGUAAAAACUUAACUUGAAAUUGGGGGGCAGUGGCGCACCGUUUCUCGAAAGUCCCGAGAAUGUUUCGGGCCUUAAAAGCUGUUUUAUGUCAGUAACUUUGAAGAUGAUACAAUGAAAGUAUCAGUUAACAAAGUAAAAUUGACCAGUUUGUGAGCUCGGACUGAACUGUGCUGCUAUAAAUUCAACAGGUUUUGAUUUCAAAUUGUUUUCGGACCCAAAAGUUACCGGGCCGUUCGAGAAACGGGCCUCAAGAGUGUUCAAUUGGUAGAUAUAUUUUACAGGAGGGUUUUCAUUGUAAAUGCAUUUUAACUUGUUCAAAUAGCAAACUGCUCAGACAGAAGUAGUCAGGCUUUUUUACUUAGUACACUUUUCUAGUACUAUUAAUUAAAUGGUAGACUUGACACUCUCAAAAAGAGCCCAAAGUUUCUCCGAAAGGCGCUUUAGUGUGUAUCAUUUUUUCAUCUUCUUAUUAAACAAUGGACCAGUGUAUUUGUUUUUGUAGUUUCUUGUAUAAUGUGUGCCAAUAUGUACGAACAAUCGCUUAAUUUUCUUUAGAGAAUCAGUAGGAUACAAGCGACGAGUUGCAAGUCUUGAGACGCGAGAAUCGAGUGAAAUCAGUCUUCUAGGCCGAUGUUUUCGCUUCUUCCCUAACGCUCGUGUGCUGCUUGUGCCAUCUCCUUAGCUUUUGAAGAAAACUAAUAAACUGCUGGCAAUUUAAUACACGACAAAGGAUUUUGAAAAAGUGUAGAUUCUUAAUGUUUCGAGUUAAUGUGAAAAUUAUAAGUCACCACAGCAAUUGUCAAAUGAUAUAAGAACCAUUAAAAAAAACCUUGUAUUAAUCGUAGUGUGAUGGCUAUUAUGCUAUAAAUGUGAAAAUCUAAGCGUAAUGAUGUAAUACAUGUCAAUUUGUAAUAAACUUCAAUUCGCAUUUUAAAAUUUGCUUGGUUUAUCUCCUGAUACAUUUUUACCCUAGUGUUCAUUAUAACUUACCCUUACAAAUUUCAGAGAUUUUGGAAAAACUAAAACAAAAAAUUCGUUGUACUUUCUUAAAAAAGAAAGUACACGGCUAGAUAGAGCGAUAAAAUUUUCAUUCAAAAAUUCCCAGUGUAAAAUUACGUGACCAGUUCGGCGUGUAUCCAAGCCCUUUUUAACCGAAUCACGUCGAUUCUUUAAGUUCUCUUCAGUCUGAGUUCUCUUUUAACAUUUCAAAUGAGUUAAUGCUACGCGGGGCGUGGCCUGCCAGCAGCUUCUCUGCUAAGGGACUCAACGGUAUAACUUCGAGAGUUUUGACAAUCGGCAAAGACCAAAAUAUUAAUCGUUAGGGUGUUAAUCCCCGGUUAAAAAGCCAAAGGGAAAUCCGUUACAAAAUCUUAAAACGAUGAGUCUGCUUGCGCGGGCAUUAAGGGGCGUUGGUCAAUGCUGAUGCUACUAAGGGUGGAGUGGGUGAAGUGUGACUUAACCUGCGAUCAGGCGGUGCUUCUUCCUUUUUUGUUUUAGAGGCGAGGGGAAAAGGACGCCGUUCUUUUUUCCCCUUUCCCCGAAAAAAAGCCUGAUUAGGUGUGAAUGGGUUUAAGAAGAAACGAAGGAAAGAGGACUUCAUCGCAGUCUAUACCAGAAUACCUCGGCCCGCACUUCGAAAUAACAGACCGUCGAGCUUUGUUAUUAAAAAAGCUGGAUUAUUUUUUGUGGAUAUGUAGUUAAGUCCGAGGAAUAAAAUGAUGUCUUCCAGAUCUUCAAGGGUAAAGUCAUCUGCCUCCUUGUGGACAUAUGUGUCUUUAGGAUGGAUGCUCUGUCUGUUAAUUUGAAUAAAUAAAUAGCCAUUUGAAUAUUUAACAAUUAUUCCUCGAGCCCGAAUAGGCUAUUGACUCAGAGGCCAUGACGGCGAGAGAAAUAAUUGUUUUAGUAAAAUCCAACUAGUUGGUCAAAAAUAUAAAGAAUAAAUUCUAGCUAGUUAAAGCUAGACUUUAAUCCUUUUUUGCUGCGAACAAGCCGGCGCUUUUCGCCAUUAGUGGGCUAUAACAUAUAGCCUAGUAGUAGCUCAACCAAUCAGAAUGCAGCAUUGAUAAUAGACCACUUGUUGAAUUUUACUAAAAGAAUAUAUUCUUCUCUAGAACAAGCAUUUGAGUUCUGCCGGAGCUCGUUCGCAAAUACACACAAAACUUUACCAAAAUCGACCAGGAGAAACAUAAAAUCGAACAAAUUUGCAUUCUAAACCCCAAGUCUACCAGAUUAAAUAUGUGAACAUUGAUUUAUAAUUACGUCAUCAGUAAGGAGUUUAUGUCACUGAGACGGAGACGUUCCUCCUGGCAAAACGUCCUGAGCAGCGAGGAACGAAGGGAAAGGGCUGUUUUCGCAGGCUAGCCUGUCAGCCUGUCCCGUCUGCCUGUCUGUCUAUCUGCCUAUCUAUCUGUCUGACUAGGACCAAGGAUUAACGCAGUUGGUCAGGAGCCCGGGCUGUUCGAUUGCCAGGUGUGACCUACUCGAUACUUUUGUCGGCUUCUUUCCUUUCCGUGGAGUUAAAGUAGCUUUUACUACCCGUCUGAAAAGAAGCACCUCAUGGAGGAGGGUGGUAAAAUCAGCGCACGGCUCGCGUAGCCUCAGGUUAGUCAGUCGUUUGCGUAUGUGCUAUUAAGUGUUACCAGCCUUUCACAAACUGAUUGGGUCUUUAUCCAUCCGUUCUUCCGUCAGUAGGGAGGUUAAGCAACAUCAACGUGACAGGUACGAAAACGUCACUUAAAAAGUGAAGUCGCGCUGCUUCAAACCUUAUGGCGCUUAUUCUAUCUCUUUCAGUUCGUCAAAUGUUGGCAGUUUUUUCUGGAGUUUAAUUCUAUUUCAGGAAAAGAAACCAAACUCGUUGUCUUGUGUUCACAUUCUCAACAAAAUGUGAAAUUAGGCAUUUUCACGUCGUAGUCGUGCAGUGACGGCAAAGAAAUGUACGCGAUGUACGUGCAGAGUUGUUGUUUUGCCGAUCUAAACCUUUAACUCUUUUUUGCCGUUCUCGUUGACGUCGCCGUCGUCGUUGCUUUAGCUCCCUAAUCCUGUUUUCUGUGUGCCCCUCUGUAUAUCAAUUUGCCCCACCCUCCACCCUCCUCCCCCCUCCCCUUUUCGCAAACUCCUCUCGAUACACUUUGUUACUGACUCUAGAGGUGAGAGCUAAAACAACUGACUGGAAAUGAAUAUUACAAAAUUCAGCUGAACUAGCUCUGGUAUUGGUUAAGGGUUCCAGGGUUUCAGCGGCACAUCCACACCCCGGAAUUCCUAAAGUACCCCUUCCCCCCCCUCCCGCCCGACAGAAAGCUCCUAUAUGGGUUAAAAACGUUUCCUAGUUUAAGAAAGUUCACUAUCUAAACAUUCCUUGUCUCAGAAUAAAUAUUACUUUAAUAUUUAUGAGUUCCUCAAACGAUGAAUUCACGCAUAAGUAGGAAAAUUAAAAAAACAGAUGUUUGUGUUGGUUUCCGGCGGCCAUAUUGGUGCGCCUCAAAGGGACAUUUUAUUUCAUUUUCAAUAGCAAUCAAUUUUUUGAUUGAAAUGAACGUCAACAUAGCAUCUCCAUACAAUGCUUUAUUAAUUUGGGUAAAACGUUUUUCCGAAUAUCUCGCAUAUGAAAUAUAGCACAGAUCUGAUUCUUGGCGAGGUUUUUUGAAUAUUUAUCUUCUUUCAUUUCCUAGAUUCUAGACUUUCUGUAUUGAAUGGUUUUCAUUUUUAUUUUCGAUGGCGUGACAGUGAGAAUAGAAUGAAAAUGAUUUUCCUGCUCCCUCUUCGUGCGCGCCCUUGUCAUCCCUCCAGCCAAAAAGCUACUGACAUGCGUGAAUGUACUGGUACAGUGGAAUGGCAGGUCCUAACAAAGUGAUAAUUUUUUAAAUACAUGUGGAGACAUUGAACGAAGGAGAGGCUUCACAUCUAGAAAGGAUAACCUGGCCUCGUUACCUGUUUUAUACUUCAGAAUGAAUGUCGCGUGCGGAUUUUUGACUGCUUUAAAGUGAUGCAGUCUUAUUAUUUAGCUGCCGAAAAAAAUUGUGACAGACAAUAGUUCAUGCUUUGUAGAGCAGAACAACAGUUCUAAGAAAACCAGGAUAUUACGUCAAAACGUCAAACAAUGCAAGAGAUUCUGUUUAAUUGGAAGGCAUUACACCGCAUGGCCAACAAGAAGCUUUAUAGAAUAUUUUAAACACACUCCCGACCUUUUCCAUGGAUAUACAGACCUUGCUGCACAAUCGUCAUGAUGAAGUAUCCUGUUCUGUGUGUAUGUGUACAUUCACUGAUCCAAAGCAGUUGCCUUGUUUGCACAGUUUCUGUCUUCACUGCCUGAACGGAAUUCAACGAAAGAGCGGCCUCCAUGGCAAAAUUACAUGCCCCGAGUGUAAAAGACAGUUUCAAAUACCUGGAAACGGAAAUCCCAGCGAACUUCCCACCAAUGUUCGUAUCAACAGUUUGCUAGAUGUCUUGGCAAUUAAAGAGUGCAGCACAGCUAACGUGAAAUGCGGAAAUUGCGACAAGCGGAGCGCCCAGACCUUGUAUUGUUUCCAGUGUUGUUCUUUCUGGUGCGAGGAAUGUAUUUUAGGACAUAACAUAAUACGCACCAAUAAAGAACACAAAACUCUUGCACUGAAGCAUUUUCAGGAUCAAGACUUCGAGGCUGUGUUAAAGCGACCAGCAAUUUGUCAGAAGAAACAUCAUGAAAGAGAAGAACUGAAGUUCUUUUGCAAGGACUGUAAAGUCGCCAUUUGCAACACUUGCGCUGUAACGCUUCAUGAAGGUCAUGGUAAGAUGCCGUUGCAAGAAGCUGCAGAUGCGUGCAAGAUACAGCUCAACUCCGUGAUUACUUCCUUGAAAGAUAAAAUGGCGGAAAAGAGAAAGGAAGUCAAAAAAUUCAAUCAAAAGAGCAUGGAAGUUCAAGCGCAAGUAGCCGACGUAAAAAGCCAAGUGCAGACGAAUGUAGACCAAAUGAUUGCAAUCAUCGAAGCGAGGAAACAGGAGGUUUAUGAAGCGGUGGAUAAUCAAGCGAAAAAAUCACUUGAAACACUCUCUCAGAAAAAAGGCGAAGUUAAAAAACAAGUGAAAAUGAUUGAAUCAGCAAUUGAGCAAACUGAAUCUCUGGUGAAACGAAACUUUAGUACAGAAAUCCUUGGAUUCAAUGAAACAUUUGAUAUAAUCCUACAGGAACAGGGCACCCAAGAAAACCGUGACACAGAGUGUAUUCCUCGGUUUCGUUUUACUAAAAGUGAAAAACUGAUUAACGUGUUGAACAGUGAAGGUAUAGGUAAUGUAAAAACUCUUUUUAGCGCAACUAAAUUGCAACAAUCAGAAGCCAAAGGUAAAGAAAGUAGUAAAGUAAUUGCUAGGACUAAAGGGAUAAAUGUUCGUGACAGUUCUCUUGAUGCUCAGGUACAAACCAAGCGUUACAUUCCUGUGUUAUCAUUUGGACGAGAAGGUGAGUCUGUUGGAAUGCUUAAAGGGCCCUCGGGGGUGGCAGUGAAUGAUCGUGAUGAAAUUGCUGUCACUGAACUCUGGAACAACAGGGUUUCACUGUUUAGUAGCGACGGUACCCACUUAAGAUCGUUUGGUAGGAAGGGUGAGAAUAAUAGUGAGUUUAAUGCACCUUCAGGGAUCGCUUUUGAUAGUCUUGGUAAUAUUAUAGUGACAGACUGUAAAACCCACAGGGUUCAAGUCUUUGAUAGAAAUGGUAAGUUUCUUCGUAAGUUUGGUGAAUAUGGAAGUCUUGAUCACCAGCUUACUUAUCCUGAAGGUUUAUCAAUAAAUGGCAACGGUGAUAUUAUUGUUGCUGAUAGAACUAACAAAUUAAUCAAGAUAUUCUCUUCCACUGGAGAGUAUUUACGAAAAUUUGGUGGAGCAGGUUCUUUGGUCAGUCCCUAUCACUGUAUCCAACAGGGUCAAUAUCUGAUAGUCUCAGACUAUGGUGAUGAUUCUAUUAAAAUGUUUGAUCUCGAAGGAAAGUUUAUUUCUAAAUUUGGAAAGCAGGGGGGAAAGGAUGGAGAGUUCAAUAAGCCCCGUUAUUUGUCAGUUAACAAACAAGGAUUGCUAAUGGUCUGUGAUUCAUUCAAUCACAGAGUUCAGUUAUUUGAACUUAGUGGAAAGUUUGUUACAAAGUUUGGAAGUGAAGGUAGCGAGAGAGGAGAGUUUAAUUAUCCAGUUUCUACAGCAAAUCUUAGUGAUGGGAGGAUAGUUGUGAGUGAUGAGGAUAACCAUCGAAUCCAGAUAUUUGACCAAAUAUGA